UCUCCGUUCUCCCCUCCCCGUCUAAAAUGCCUCGUGUCAGCGCCGCGGGUCGAUCUGCCACAAACGGCCGCGCUUUGCGGUGCGGCCUCUGGUCUUCCCGCAGCUGCCCCCAGCUGCCCCCAGCUGCCCCCACCCCCGCUGGCGCUGCUGAUCGGCUGGCCGGCUUGCAGGUGGCGCUGGGGGUUCUGUUCCUGUCGCUCAACGUGCUCCGGGACUGCCGCCUACAUCGCGCGGAGUACAAGCGCUCGGCCGAGCUCAUCAACUACUGCGGGGUGGGCGGGUGCGUCCUCGUGACGGCCAUCAACCUGCUGGCCUCCGGCCUGGACCCCGGGAUUGCCUCGCUGGGCGGCGGCCACGUCACCCCGGACAUCCCCGGCCUCAGCGCCGAGUCGGCCGCGCUGGUGGCGCCCAACGGCACCUUCGGCGCGGCCGCCACCGCCGCCCCCGGCACCACGGCGCCCUGAGCA